AUGACGGUCGGUCUGGAUGCAUACUCGCGAGAUAAAGGCCUCCUUGAGCGUAACCGGUUUCGUUUGGCUGUCCAAAACAGUGGAUCGCAAAUUACUGCCUCAGCAGGCGACAGCUCCGUCCUUUUCCAGACCCAAGUGAGCAAAGACCAAGAGCCCCUUGUUAGCAAUCAGUCGUCUAAUUCGGAUAACGCGAACAACACUUCGGAAAGGAGUGCGUCCGCAGCCUGCUUCGGAGCUGGUCCAUCUAAUAUUUGCGAUACCGAGGAGACCAAGGAAUACAAAGAGGUAAGUGCUCUUUUUCCAUACACACGUCUUUCUAGCAUAGCUUAUUUACGGCUUACAAGAUUUCAGUCUAGAGAAGGCACAUAUAGUUGCGAUUGA